GCAAGGCAUGUCGGGAAGGAGGCAGAGUCCAUGGAUUUGGCGCAGCUGCGAAGCGACGCGACGGCAGGCGGGCGGUCCCAGUGUGAGACAGUCAGGCAGACAGAAGGUUGAGAUUUCACGUUGCGCUCACUGCGUCAUCCCCGCCCGCUGGUAUUAGCAGGGCAUUUGAACGCCAACAGUAAUGGCAGGAAGCGCGGGAGAAUGGUGUCUUAUGGAGAGUGACCCUGGAGUGUUUACGGAACUCAUUAAAGGCUUCGGUUGCAAAGGAGCACAGGUGGAAGAAAUUUGGAGCAUGGAGCCAGAAAACUUUGAAAAACUAAAACCUGUUCAUGGAUUGAUUUUCCUUUUCAAGUGGCAGCCAGGUGAAGAACCUGCUGGAUCUAUAGUUCAAGACUCGAGACUUGAUCAUAUCUUCUUUGCUAAACAGGUUAUUAAUAAUGCUUGCGCUACACAAGCAAUUGUUAGUGUGUUAUUAAAUAGCAGUCAUCCGGACAUGGAACUGGGUGAAACACUAACAGAGUUUAAGGAAUUCACACAGAGUUUUGAUGCUGCUAUGAAGGGUUUGGCACUAAGCAACUCUGAAGUCAUUCGCCAAGUUCACAACGGUUUUGCCAGGCAGCAGAUGUUUGAGUUUGAUGCAAAAUCAACUGCAAAGGAUGAAGAUGCCUUUCACUUUGUGAGUUAUGUUCCAGUCAGUGGACGUCUCUAUGAAUUGGAUGGUCUACGUGAAGGUCCAAUUGACCUAGGUGCCUGCAACCAGGAUGACUGGAUAAGUGCUGUACGACCAGUAAUAGAGAAAAGAAUUCAAAAGUACAGUGAAGGUGAAAUAAGAUUUAACCUGAUGGCAAUUGUAUCAGACAGAAAAAUGAUUUAUGAACGCAAGAUCUCAGAACUUCAAAGUCAGCUUACUGAAGAGGAGCCAAUGGAUACAGACCAGAGUAGCAAUCUAUUAAGUUCAAUACAGUCAGAAAUUGCAAAAUACCAAAUGUUAAUUGAUGAAGAGAAUCAAAAAUUGAAGAGGUAUAAGGUUGAAAAUAUUAGGAGAAAGCAUAAUUACCUUCCCUUUAUAAUGGAACUUUUGAAGACAUUGGCUGAAUAUCAACAGUUAAUACCUUUAGUUGAAAAGGCAAAAGAAAAACAGAAUUCUAAGAAAGCCCAAGAAGCCAAAUAAUCAUGCUGCACUGCAGGAUUAUUCCUCAGAAAUAUCUGUUGUAUUUAUAUCUGUGAAAAAAAAUUCAUAGCCAACUGUAAUCUGUACAGAGAAUAAUGUGAUUUGUAUUGCUAUUAGUUUCAUAUGCACUGUUGACCGAAUGUUGAUCACUUGCAAUUAAUGCAUGCAAAGUUGUCUAAUAAAUCUAAACGUUUUU